UGCCCAACUUCCCGCCGGAGGGAGCUGAGAGCAGUACACAAUGAUGCCGAUUUCUAUCCAUUUUCGCGCGGUUUUUCKGACACUUCUCCUCCUUUCAGGUAUAGUCGUCCAGACUCUCGGCCUUUCAGUUGGAAUUAACUACGGCCAGAUCGCUAAUAAUCUCCCAUCACCUUCACGAGUCGCCUUUCUCCUGGAGUCCCUUAACAUCAACAGAGUCAAACUUUAUGAUGCUGAUCCAUAUGUCCUCCAGGCAUUCUCAAAUUCAAAUGUUGAGUUCAUAGUGGGGGUUGGAAAUGAGUAUCUUCUAAACAUGACUGAUUCCAAUAAAGCCCAGUCCUGGCUGAAGCAGCACGUCCAGCCUUACCUUCCUCAGACGAAGAUAACCUGCAUCACUGUUGGAAACGAAGUCUUAUCUGGUAAUGAUACCCAAUUAAUGUCCUAUCUCCUUCCAGCAAUGCAGUCCAUCUACAGCGCACUUGUUUCCCUUGGACUAAAUGAUCAAGUGAAUGUCACCACUGCCCAUUCUCUUUCCAUCUUAGCUAACUCCUUCCCCCCUUCUUCUGGGCUUUUUCAGCAAGAUCUUGCUGAGUACAUUCAACCCAUUCUCAAUUUCCACUCCCAGAUUAAAUCUCCUUUCCUCAUCAAUGCAUAUCCCUACUUUGCCUAUAAAGCUAACCCCAACGAAGUCUCAUUGGACUAUGUUCUUUUCCGGCCUAACCAAGGGAUGACUGAUCCAAAUACGAAUCUAAAAUAUGAUAACAUGUUGUAUGCGCAAAUAGAUGCUGUUUAUUCAGCAAUCAAGGCGAUGGGGCAUACUGAUAUAGAAGUUAGAAUUUCUGAGACAGGUUGGCCUUCUAAGGGGGAUCCUGAUGAGGCAGGGGCCACACCAGAGAAUGCCGGGAUUUACAAUGGGAAUUUGCUGCGCAGGAUAGAGGAGAAGCAGGGUACUCCAUUGAAACCAUCCGUGCCAAUUGAUAUAUAUGUUUUUGCACUGUUCAAUGAGGAUCUGAAGCCAGGUCCAGCUUCGGAGAGGAACUAUGGAUUGUACUAUCCAGAUGGUACUCCUGUUUAUGACAUUGGAUUACGUGGUUAUCUCCCAGAAAUAGUAGCAUCAGCUUCAAAGAUUAAGGUAAUGUCCCUUUUGGGUAUUCUUAUCUUCAUGUCGACAUGUUUAAUCUGUGAUUGAGGACUUAUGUCAACCACAAGAGUGAAGGAUCAAGAAAAAGAACUGAAGCUGAAGUCACUCAAAAUUUUCCGUAUAUAUAAUAGGAGAUCUCAGAGGGUAAGCGCAAUUUCAGGAACUGCAUUUCAUGUUAAGCACCAUCGACACCAUUCUUGUUCCAGUGCAGUCUUAUUCGACCACCUGUCUUACAGCUAACAGAGCAUUCCUGCAACAGAGAACUAAGUUAACAAUACUAGAUUAUGUAAAGCAAUAAAGUCAUUUCUGGGGAACACUGAAAUAAGGAGGGAAUAUCCAUUACUAGUUCACUUCAUUAACAUCCAAUAAAAAGAGAAGAUUGGUUGAAUGUUUGAAAACAAUCAGAGCUUAGAUGGGGUUUCCUGUUGUAAUGUAGUUUCUAGGUGUCUGACCACAUCUGUAUUAUAAUAUAGAGAAAGGGAUUGUUUCCUUUUAUUUAUUUGGUGGAGGAAUAAAGGAAUAUUUUUUUA